AUGCACGAUCAAGGAUCAUCAUUUGUUUUGCCUGCUUCAUUCACUGGUGGUCCUAGAUAUAUGAAGAACAACUACUUGGAUGCCAUGGCCAUAUGUAAGCAUUUUGGCUUUCCUGAUCUUUUUAUCACUUUCACAUGUAAUCCAAAGUGGCCAGAGAUCACGAGAUAUCUUAAGAGUCGAAAUUUAAAGGCCGAGGAUAGAGCGGACAUUAUUUGCAGAAUGUUCAAGAUGAAACUUGACUCACUCAUGGAUGAUUUAAUCAAAAAAAACCUUCUUGGGAAGACAGUUUCAUCUAUGUACACUAUUGAGUUCCAGAAACGUGGUCUACCACAUGCUCACAUUCUAUUAUUCAUGGAUCCUAAGUUCAAGCUUCCCACCACAGACGACAUUGACAAUAUCAUUUCAGCUGAAAUUCCUGAUAAAUAUGAAGAGCCAGAGCUAUAUGAUAUCAUUAAAGAUACAAUGAUUCAUGGACCAUGUGGGGCUGCUAAUAUGAACUGUCCGUGUAUGGAGAAUGGGAAAUGCUCAAAGUUGUACCCAAAAUCAUUUUCAGAGAAGACUACUAUUAAUAGAGAAGGAUUUCCAGUUUAUCGGCGAAGAGAACUCCAAGAUCGUUAUGUGGAGAAGAAUGGUGUGAGAUUGGAUAAUCGAUCUGUUAUUCCUUAUAACAAGAAACUCUCUCUUCUUUAUCGGGCUCAUAUUAAUGUUGAGUGGUGCAACCAAGCUGGAUCUAUCAAGUACUUAUUCAAGUACAUUACGAAAGGAAGUGAUCGUGUGACCGUUGUUGUGGAACCACCAGAUCACAUGGUUCCAAAUGUGGUAUCUAACACGGAGGGGACUUCAGAACCAACUAACACUGAUCCAGAUCACGAAACUGCGCCAGGAAGUGUUAAACCCCAAAAGGAUGAAUUUAAAGAUUUCUUUGACUGCAGAUAUGUUUCUGUGUGUGAAGCAGCAUGGAGAAAUUUUAAGUUCCCAAUUCAUUAUCGAUCUUGUGCAGUUGAGAAGCUUACCUUUCAUUUGCCUGGGAAACAACAUAUCAUUUUUAGAGGGAAAGACAAGAUGAAUGCAGUGAUCAGUCGCAAACUCAUUCAGAAUACCAUGUUCUUAGCCUGGUUUGAGUUGAAUAAAGUUGAUUCUUUUGCUAGAACCUUAACUUAUGCCCAGAUUCCUAAUUUCUAUACAUAUGACAAGCGUCAUAAGAUGUUCAAGAGAAGGAAAAGAGGAUUUAGCAUUGGGAGAAUUAACUAUGCUCCACGUAAGCAGGAAGCUGCAUACUAUUUGCGUGUGUUGUUGAACAUCGUCAAAGGCCCUACCAGUUAUGAUGACAUAAAAACGUUUGAAGGUGUUCUUUAUCCUAGCUACAAAGAAGCAUGUUUUGCUCGAGGAUUACUAGAUGAUGAUAAAGAGUACAUCGAUGAUAUUGUGAGAAGAAGUUACGAUGGCUCAGCCAGUGAAAUGAGGCAAGUGUUUGUUACUAUGCUAAUGAAUGACAGCUUAGCAAUGCCAGAGAAGGUUUGGGAAUCAACAUGGGAGUGCCUUUCUGAAGAUAUUGAAUACAACAGGAGGAAGCUUUUGAACAGACCAGGGCUACUGUUAAGUGACGAGGAUAAAAAGAGGUUUACAUUACUGGAGAUUGAGAAGCUUCUAAGGCGUAACGGGACAUCUUUAGAAAGAUUUGAUACAAUGCCAAAGAUGAGCGAAGCUAUGAUCAAAGCACGCUGCUCGAAACACUUGAGAGAGAUGUGCCAAAGAUGA